AUGGAGCUACCUGCGUCUCACACGGACGCGAUCCUUGGCUGCUUCGACAAGAACUGCUCGUCUCUGACGGUGGACGACGUCUACGAUAUCGCCAAAGUGAUCGGAACCGAGCUAGAGAGACUCAUCGACGGCUAUGGCAAGGAGAGCGUCCUGGGCCUGGUGCCCAGGGUGGUGAAAGUGCUGGAGCUUCUCGAGAGCUUCACGGCCAGGAAUCAGGUUCACAAAUACAGGGAAGAAGAACUGCUGCGGACUUUUGAGAGCUUACAGCUGCAGCAGAAAAAAAAGACGAGCAAGGACAGCGACGAAUUAAAUGAAAAUCACGAAACGCGGCAACAACAACAGAAGGAGUCGCAACAGUGGAAAAGCAAGUGUGAGGACCUGCAAGUGCAAAUCCAACAGCUUCAGGGGGACAACGAGCUGCUGCAGAGUAGGCUUAAGGGCAGCUAUGCACAUGAUGAUCGUGUCCAGCGGCAGGAGCGAGAGGUGAUGCUGAAGUUGAAACAAGUGGUGGAUAAGCAGAGAGAUGAACUGAGGGCCAAAGUGCAAGAAAUCACCGGUAUCUCCAGGGAAGUGGAAGCGCUCCAGGAGCAGUUGGAGCGCUUUAUGAAGAUGAAUGCGGAGCUGCGACACAAGCAGAAUGUCCUGCAGGCCCAGCUCAAGAGCACCGUAGAGAGAAAGGCCGACAUGGAGGCCGACCUGAAAGAGAAAGUCAAAGUGAUCGAAAAGCUGCAAGAGCAGAUGGACAGAACCAACAGCAACAACCACUCCAGUCCGAGUCAGAUCAAUAGUACAACUGAGCCUUCAGCGGUUCACAGUGAUCCUGACCAGCCUUGCUUCACCAAGAAGGAGGUGCGUGACAUCAUUUUUGAGCGGAAUGAGCUCAAAACCAACCUCUUCCUGGUGCAAGAGGAGCUUAACUACUAUCAAAGGGAGAUUCUGAAUGAAGAGAGAUGUCCUGGGUUCCUCCUGGAAGCUGUGCGAUCUGCCAUUACCAAAAGAAGAAAAGUCAUCAAAGCCAAGAUGCUUGGAAUUCCUCCCCCAGAAAAUAGCAGUGAUGAGGAGGACAAGUGCCCUGUGACAGAAGUGGACGGUACUGAAAAGCCAGCAGAGUCACGCAUUCGAAACCUCUUUGGCUUCCUGACGUGGUCGGGCAGCGGCCGGAGCCCCAGCCACAUGAGCAACGCCACAUCCAGCUGGGAGAUCAUCGCCGACUCAGAGGCCAGUGGCGAGUCUCCGCAGUAA